UCCAACGUGUUCUCCAUGUUUGAGCAGGCUCAGAUCCAGGAAUUUAAAGAGGCCUUCACCAUCAUGGACCAGAACAGAGACGGCUUCAUCGACAAGAAUGAUCUGAGGGACACUUUUGCUGCUCUAGGACGUGUCAAUGUGAAACAGGAGGAGAUUGACGAGAUGCUCAAAGAGGCUCCUGGUCCAAUCAACUUCACCAUCUUCCUCACCAUGUUCGGCGAGAAGCUGAAAGGUGCUGAUCCAGAGGACACCAUCCUCAACGCGUUUAAAGUCUUUGACCCUGAGGGGAAAGGCGUGCUGAGGAAGGACUACUUGACACAGAUGCUAACAACACAAGCGGACCGAUUCUCCCCUGAAGAGAUGGUGCAGAUGUUUGCUGCCUUCCCCCCAGAUGUGACAGGGAACCUGGACUACAAUAACCUGGUUCACAUCAUUACCCAUGGAGAGGAAAAGGACCAGGAGUAA